CGGGCGGGCGGCCCCGUGCCUGUCACCGCCUGCGUCAGAGCCCGGAGUUUUCCACUGACGAAAAAGGGCAGCGCGGCGUCAGCCCCGGCAGCGGCAGAGCGGGAGCCGCCGCGCCAGGCACCGCCGGAGCCGAGACCUGCGGCAGUUAUAUGAAAAUUACUGCAUCACCAUGAGUGGGGUGUUGAAAAGAAAGUACGAAGAGGUGGGCGAUGACAGCACCUACUGUUCCUCCUCCUCCUGCUCCCCCCUCUCCUCUUCAGCAUCCUCGGGCUGGGAGUCGGAUGAAGAGAACUCCCGUGGAGAACCCAAGCCUAGUUCUGCUUUAACGCCUAGCUUCACCCCCACGUCUAUCCUGAAGAAAUCCAAGCGACUAAAGAAGAACAAUGUGGAGUUUGACCGGGUCACUGUGUUUUACUUCCCACGCUGCCAGGGGUUCACAAGCGUGCCUAGUCGUGGGGGCUGUACCCUAGGGAUGGUGAGCAAACACAGCUCCUCCCGACAGUUCACACUAGCAGAGUUUUCAAAGGAGCAGGAAAACGUUCGUCGGGAGAAACUUGAAGAGAAAUUAAAAGAGGAGAAGUUGGAAGCAUUGAAAUGGAAGCUAACCAUGAAUGGAACGAAGGAGUCAGAGGAGGCCAACCAGCUCACCAUUGAUGACAUCUCUGACGAUGACAUUGAUGUCAGUAACAUGGACCUGGAAGAUGGCUUCUUCCUCCAGCCCUACCCUGCCAAGAAGAGACGUGCACUGCUGAAAGCUGUGGGAGUGAAGAAGAUUGACAAGGAGGAGAAGCGGGAGCUGCACAACAUCCGCUUGUCCCGGGAAGACUGUGGCUGUGACUGCCGGGAGGUCUGUGACCCAGAGACCUGCAGCUGCAGCUUGGCAGGCAUUAAAUGUCAGAUGGAUCACACCUCCUUCCCCUGUGGCUGCACCAAGGAUGGCUGUGGCAACACUGAGGGCAGGAUCGAGUUCAACCAGGCCCGGGUGCAGACCCACUUCAUCCACACCAUAAUGAAGCUGGAGCUGGAGAAGCAGCAGCAAAACAGCGAGAAGGCAGCAGAAGCUGAGCUCCCUUUUCGGGAGCGGCUCCCACCCUUGGGAUGUACAACGGGGAAGGGUUCUUUGGAGGAACAUGCUGUGCCACUGGCACCUGCCUUCCAAUUCAGCCCCGACCUGGAGGCCCUAGGGGAGAACAGCUGCAGCAGUGACAUGACGGACUCCUCCAUCUCUUCCCACCCCAGCGAGGACCUAGAGGAGCCCUAUGAGAGCCUCCCCUCCGACAAGUCCCAGUCAGAUGUGGAUGAUGAUGGUUUGGCACGCAUCCUCCACUUCAAUGACUCAGAUGCUGAGGAAGAGAGUGGUCAUGGCCAGGAUGACCUGAGCUGCUUUCACUCCACUGACUUCUUCAUUGAGGACCAUGGCAGUGAGGCCAAGCCUGUCCCUGGACACUUGCCUCACCUCUCAGAGUGCCUGGAUGAGAAUGCCAACCAGGAUGGUGGAGGUUUGCUGGAAGAUGCUGCCCACACGCGGUGCGAUGGUCUGUCCUGCUGCGCCUUGUCCCCAGCUGAGCCCUGCUCCAAGAGCUACGCUGACCUCAGCCUUUCCUCUGACUCCUUGGAUUUCUUCCAGUCCUUCUCAGACUAUAACUUGGGACCUCUUUACAACUCCUUAAAGGAGUAUGAGAACCUCGAUAACUUCUCAGCGCUACAGUUUCAGUUGCCUAAUUUCCCUGGCUUCCCGCAAGCUGGAGAUCAGGGCUCCUGUUUCUUGGAGUCCCUCAUCGGUUUGUCUGAAUCCGUCCCCGAAACCCCAGCCCCUUUCACAGACAAUCAACUUUUGGAGGAUGCCAUUAAAUCAUCACUGAUGGAGACGGUGAAAGUGUGAAACAUCUGUGUGAACUGUCACUUAAAGGAAAAUAGAAGAACAGUUUGACAGGCAAACUUUCACCAAAAGAAUGAUGCGCUACUCACAAAUAAGGAGGAUAAAACAAAGAAAAGAAGACUUUCUAAGCAGACAAACUAUUUUUGGUCUUUAUAGAAUGUGGACCUUUUGAAAUACUGCACCUACAAUCAGUUCUCUCGCUGUUUGUGCAAAAAUUUCUAAACUUUCAUGGUGGGGUGGGAAGGGGAGGGAGGGGAAAAGACUUUCAUGUAUGAAUUUCCUUGUGCUUUGUAUGAAAAGACCUGUUGAGAAAUACUCCUCGCUACCAUUGCCAGUCGUACACGCAGCCCCUUCUAGAAACGUUUCAGCAUUGCAGGAACUUUUUAAGACAACUUUUUGAAGCUCUAUUUAUUGUGAAGAUUUGUGGUUUGCGUAAGAGUAGCCCAGCACACUCUUACGUUUAAAUCCGACAAGGUUUACAGAAGAGAUCCAUACACUAUAUACAUAAUCAUUCUUCAUCUAUUUAUUGCGAAUUCCAGAAUUUAACUAGCCACCGAAGCUUGAACUAGCAUGGAACCUUAUUUAAAUUGGUAAUACCUCAGAUGUAUUAUGUGUACAAUCAUAUUUUUUUUGCAUAAUAUAUCUGUAUUUAUUUAUUUUCUACCUAUAGAACGUGAAUAGCACUGUGGUUUAUCAAUGACCUGGAAGGGCAGUAAGGUCUUCUGCAGCACCCAUCCCAAAGACAGCCUGAGUUUUUCUGAGUCUGAAAGGUGUUGGCUAAUUGGUCUUCACUUUGCAUUUCUAAAAGAGCUGAGUGGAAGUGGGUGGGAAGGGAGGCAUGAGGGGAAAUGCUGGUGCAAAAUCCUUUGGUUACUAUCAGCCCUCUGGUAAGACAUGAUGAUGGUGUCUGGUAUUUAGAGUACUGCUAGGGAAGGGAAAACAAGCAAAGCUCUCAACUGUUCAAUAAAUAACAUGAACUAGCUCUAUUUAAACAGAUAAAAACCCUCAAACCCUUAUCAUAAAUUAUUUUAUAAUUUAUUUAAUUUCCUAAGGAUUUGGCCAUGAGAUCUUUCACAAUCAAUUUAUGGUGCCUGAAUUAUGCAGGGGAACUAUUAGCAGCGGUGGGGGGUGUAAUGAGAAGGACAUUUACAGCCCUGAGGGAGCUUUGGGAGCCAAGAGCAGCAACACUGUGCUUACGCUGCUCAGCAGAUGCUCCUUGGGACUCCCCAGGAUAUCUCAGCUCCAGAAUCCAGUGUGUCAGGCUGUUUAUACUAUUUUUUUUUUUUUUAAAUAUUGGUAAAUCAGGUUAUAUGGAUGGAUAUGAAGGUUUUUGGGUUAUUUAUCCUUUGAGUACAGUUUUAGAGGGAAGGAAAAAAUGACAACUGAAAACAAAGCUGAAAAACUUGAAGGCUUUUGUUGUUUUUUAAAUGAGAGAAAUUGUGUUUAGGAAGGAUAUCGGGGGCCCUCUUGGCCUUUUGCUGUUCAAAUCAGUCUGAGAACAUGACACUAUUUGGUCACCAUAUGUAACUGGACAUAAAAUCUGUACAUCAGUGAUACACUAAGUGCCUAUGCCAGCAGUAUGGGGAAAAAAAAAAAAGACUUUAAAACCUACCAGCUUUAUAUCCCCUUGGAAAAUGUGAGACUGAUGAUGAGAGUGAUUCCUGGCAUUAUCGGCACCAGGGCCAAGCAGAAACUCUGGCAUCCCAGCCCUGCCGCCCUGGGAGCCAGGUGCUGGUGGGAACUCCGUCGGGGUGAAGAGACGCACAGGGAGAAAAAUACCCAGAAUCUGUAUUUGAGGAUUUCCCCAUUGGCUGAACUGCCUAUAUCCCCAAGAACAGGGAUGAUGCUCUUUAGUAUCUGUUUUUCCACAGGCGCCUCAUGCAAACCUGCCAGCAAUUCAGGAAACUUCUGGCAUAUAAAUAUGGCAAAAGCUGGGUUGUUUUUUUGUUUGUUUUAAUCAUUAUUAUUAUUAUUACUAUUUAAUUGUACAUCUUCUCUGGUAUUGAGCCGCUCAUCUUGGAAGCGGAGCUGUCCUGCCGUGGCUGUGACGGGUGCUCGCUCCAUGCUCACCCAUCCUCUGGCAAAGCAUCAUCCUGGGGUCCUCCUCGCUGGGCAGGAGGGCAACUGUAGGAAUACUACUGGCAGAUGGAGGAUUUCCUGGAGAUAUAUAUAUAUAUAAUUAUUAUUAUUUUUGUUGUCGUCAUGGUUUCUUUAGACCGAAAAAUCCCUUUCGGUUAUCUCCCAGGUGGUAGUUUCUAUCCGUCAGACUGCAUCAAAAAUACUGACAGUUGAAAGUCUGGUACCGUUCUGUAUUUAUUGGCACUAAUAUAUUUUAUAACAUUCCUUUGUUUCUCUGCAUAUAUAUAUUUAUAUAUAUAAAAUAUAUACAUAUAUUUUAUAUAUAUACACACACUUUUUAAAAAGAUGAAUGAUGAGGAUAGACUCCUGCCUUCGUGGAUUUUUUUCUAUAAUUUAUUCUUUUUAUUUGUGUUGGUGCCAAAAAAAAAAUUUUUUUUUCUUUUUUUUUUUCCUCCCCCCCAGGGCACUGAAUUGUAAAUAUAUAUUUUUUUUUUUUCUCUGUAUCUGUGUAAAAAGUUGCCUGUUAAACAGUUUAUAAACUGGGUAUUUAUUGACACAAUCUGUAAUUAUCUAAUGUAUUGAUUGAAACGCCUUGGUUUCAACAUAGCUUUAUUUUAGCUUUCUUUGUGUAUAUAUUGUGAUUACGUUGCUUAAAGGUACAAGUUUAAAAAUAUGCUUUAUUUUUACCUUAUCCAUUUGCAUUUGUUUAUAAAAAAGCGUAUUUGUCUACAGCUGCUGUCUCUCAUUUCAUCAAAGCAAUAUGAAGAAAUUUCCAUUAC